AUGUACUGUGUAGUUUUAACUGUGAGUAUAAUACCUUUCUUCUGCAAAUGCAUCUAUCCACACAAGUCUAUUGUUGUAUUAGCUGGUCUUCUUAGGAUAUUUGGUCAUGAGGUAGCCGAGCUUCCCAUAGUGGCGACAACUAGAGAACACCAAGGGAAAGGCUAUUUCCAAGUAUUAUUUUCAUGUAUAGAGAAGUUGUUGGUUUCCCUGAAUGUGGAAAACAUUGUGCUUCCUACUACUGAGGAAGCAGAGUCAAUCUGGACAAACAAGUUUGGAUUCACAAAGAUGAGUGAUGAUCGACUGUCAAAGUAUAUGAGAGAGGUGCAGUUUACAAUUUUCAAGGGAACAUCCAUGAUAGAAAAGGCAGCGCAGCAGCAACAACACAUAAUAAUACCACCAGAAUAG